AAUUUAAAAAUUUGAUUAUUGAUGGAAUCCUAACGUCUUUAACGCUUAACUAUAUCCAAAUUCUUAGUCAUAAUGAAACUAUUUUUCCUGGUGGUGCUGCUACUGCAGCUGCAAAACUGGCCGCUUGCCAACGCCUACAAUUACUGUGACCAUAAUGAAAAUAUAUGUGCACCAUUGAUCCGUAAGCAUUUCAUUUGCAGCUUGGAGGCAGAGCUGCCACCAUUGUUUAAUCGUACCACACUGCUGCUCUCCAUGCCGGAUACGUACGCUUUGCGUGAUCUGAUACUGGAGUACCAUAAUAAGUUUCGCAAUAGAGUGGCCAGCGGCCUCUUGAUUGCUGCUAAUAACCAAACCUUUCCGCCGGCAAGCCGCAUGCGUGAACUCAUCUGGGAUAUGGAACUGGCGUAUACGGCCCGCAUACAUGCCAAGACGGUGUCUUUUAAGCACUCACUAUGCCGUUCCGUACAGCGGUUUCGGAAUGUCGGUGAAAACUUAAGCAUGACCUUCAGCACGGGUAAACUCAGUACAAUUGCUGACCUGUUGGAUGCUACCUUAUUGGGCAUGUUUAACGAAUAUCUAUUGAUUGAUGAUCCUGCUAGCGUUCCCAAUGACCUGGACUUUAUCACUUUUACGACCGUUGGGCACUUUUUGCUGAUAGCGAAUGAAAGAGUUUCCAGAGUGGGUUGCUCCAUCGCAAUAGGAACAAAGUGUAUGAAGAUAGCAAGUUAUUGCUACUUUUUGACCUGCCAUUACGACUUCAACAAUAGGCUCGAUUCUUAUAUAUAUAAGAACGGGGAGCCAGUCAGCGAGUGUGAAUUAUAUGAUGCCUCCGCCAGUUCCAGCUAUCGGUAUCUAUGCAGUAAUACCGGACGUAUCUUUCCCAGCAAUCAUGGCGAUGAUAGUUGAAGCCAAAUGGAGUUUUAGCACUUCAUAUUGGAUGCGUGUAUUUUGUCUGUCAUCUAUCCAAAUCAGAGUAUUACAAUCUCAAUUGCUCAAGCGGGUGGAAUUCCUCGAAAUUUGUAUUUUUACCUGUAAAGUGCACAGAGCUGAAAGGAUCGAAUCAAGCGCUGCAAGUAAUGAAUAGAAG